CACGCUGGGAAGGGUGGCACACGAUGGACAUAUUCACCACCGAGAUAGAGAUUCUCUGGUAUACUUCUAUGUAUGGGAUGUCAAGAAUCCUUGCUACCAUUGUUAUUCACAUAAGGGCAAUUCUAAGAAUCACCGAGUUGCACCUACAGGAAGCGCGGCCGGUGGAUGGGCGGUAUAUCUGUCGCCGACGUAGGACAAGCCUGUGAAGUACUUAUAGAGAGCAUUGUACAGGGAGUGGAGAUGGGAAGGCGCACUGAAAUCGGACUUGCGAUUGAAAAUAAUGAGAGGAGCCAGACUGAGAUUCUUGGUCUAGAAGAGGAGAUCGUGAAGAUGUUUGAAGGGGACAUUACGAUACUGCACGAGAUCUAUAAGGGCAAAGACAGUUAACUACGACAUACACUUUGUCCCAGCAGCUAAGAAAAGCUAAAAAGACAAAGCACAGAUCUAU